AUGGAUCACAACCCCGCCGAGAACGACGAGGUCGUGUCUCAGUUCUGCGCCAUGACCGGCACUCGGCCUGCAGAGGCCCAAGAGUAUCUUGCUGCCAAUGGGUGGGAUAUGGAAGCAGCCGUGACCGAAUUCUUUGCAGAGCAGGACGAAGCCCUGCAGGACAUGAACACUGGCGGAGGACGCCCUUUGGGUGCUGAAGGAGCAUCAGGAACCCCUGCAGGAGGCAGAUCACUGGGUGGAGGCGCCGCACCUUCGGCGUCCGCCGCGCCGGAGUCAUCGUCAUCCGCCCGACGCGCAGCACCCAAGAAGAAGUUUGCGACAUUGGGAGAUUUUGCAUCGGGAGAUGGUGGGGAUUCCUCAGAUGAUGAUGGCUCAGUGGACCAGGAUUUCUUUGCAGGCGGUGAGAAGUCAGGCCUGGCAGUGCAAAACCCCGAUGACCUCAAGAAGAAGAUCCUUGAGAAGGCUCGCCGAGCACAGCCUCCGCCAUCAGAUGAUUCGGAGCCGCGACCAUCGCACUUCACGGGGACUGCCCGCACCUUGGGGGGCGACGAUGCCCCGAGCCAGGUGAUCCAAGACCCUACCAUACCUGCACCGUCGCGCCCACAACGUGUCCAGCGGACCCUCCACUUCUGGGCCGAUGGCUUCUCCGUGGAUGACGGCAAUCUGUACCGAUCAGAUGACCCCCGUAAUGCCGAGAUCUUGGAGGAAUUCGCCAGGGCCGAGGUUGAUGUGGAGCUCAAGCAACACGAGGAAAAAUACGUGAAGCCCAAGCCCAAGUACAAGCCAUUUUCUGGUGCCGGACAACGCCUCGGCAGCCCGACGCCUGGCGUGCGAACCCCGACCGAGACACCGUCAUCGGCCACACCCAGCGCGGCUGCAGCAGAGCCCCCCAAGCCUACUGUGGACGAGUCUCAACCAACCGUCACCCUACAAGUUCGCCUUGGCGAUGGCACGCGGUUGACUUCCCGCUUCAACACCACGGCCACCAUCGGCGAUGUCUACGGAUUUGUUGCCGCUGCCGCUCCUGGGAAUGUCGGCCGGUCGUGGGUGCUGAUGACGACCUUCCCCAGCAAAGAGCUUCACGACAAGGCGGCGGUCCUCGGCGAUCUUGCUGAAUUCAAGCGUGGAGGUGUCGUUGUGCAGAAAUGGCAGUAG